GUGUCGCAAGCACAGUCGCAAGCCCACGCAGCCAUUCCUCCAACAGCCGCGCGCGAAACAGCUCCUGAUUUCUGCAAGCACGGCUGCCCAAACUGCGAGGAACUCAUGCAGGUGCGAUACCCUGACCGCAUCCAGGCGUGUACGACGACGCACCUCGAUGGUAGCUGGGUAGCGCGGUGGCAACGAUACGUUCGUGGCAUGUAUGCCGUGCGUGCAGAGCUCAAAAGCCGCGGCAUAAAAUACCGCCCAAGGGAUCAGUCCGACCAAGACUGAGACACCAGACUUAUUUCCACUGUCUCUCCUAUAUCCAUAUUCGUCUCAUCGUCUCAUCGUCUCUCGUCCUUCUCACAUGUAUUUAAGAUCUAGUCAGGUCGCUCUCGUUCGCAAUUGUAAUGUU